ACUGUCAAAAACAAGUUUCUUCUAAUUGCGAAUCAUAGCCUGUCAUAAACUUGACUUUGUCUACGGAGAAAAGUGCAAUUCCCUUCGUUUUCUUCGCUCCAUCUCCCUAAAUUUAGUCGGUUAUCAUUUAGGUGCCAGUUAGUGUCCUUAAACGGGUGGAAAAGUGUCCGAUCAAAAUGAGUUUCUUCGGGAAAAUGUUUGGCGGAAAAAAGGAAGUGGCUCCGACCACUGGCGAAGCAAUUCAAAAACUUCGCGAAACAGAAAACAUGCUUAUUAAAAAACAGGAAUUUCUAGAGGCAAAGAUCCAACAGGAAUUGGAGACGGCCAAAAAGAACGGAACGAAAAAUAAGCGAGCUGCCAUCCAGGCGUUGAAACGGAAAAAGCGAUAUGAGAAACAACUGCAGCAAAUCGAUGGUACCCUGUCGACAAUUGAAAUGCAAAGGGAAGCCCUGGAGAGUGCGAAUACAAACACUGCGGUCCUGACAACUAUGAAGAAUGCUGCAGAUGCCCUCAAGGCCGCGCAUAAGAACAUGGACGUUGACCAAGUUCAUGACAUGAUGGAUGAUAUCGCUGAACAGCAAGACGUGGCGAGAGAAAUCUCAGAUGCCAUUUCGAACCCAGUACCGUUCGGGCAAGAUAUGGACGAAGAAGAACUCGAGAAGGAAUUAGAACAACUUGAACAAGAAGAAUUAGACAAGAACUUACUCGACAUCGCCGGUCCUAGCAAGGAAGAGUUACCAGAAGUUCCAACAGACGAAAUCAAACAGAAAGCGAAGGAGAAGAAGAAAGAAGAAGAAGAAAUGGACCCUCAAAUGAAAGAGCUUCUGGCCUGGGCCGAAUAGAGUCACUGCACCUUUCGCUGCUUCGUGUAUUAACAUAAAAUCUCUGAUAUAUAUACAUACAUACACCUGAGGUGGUUUUUUGCAUUAUAACAAGAAAGAAAAUGAUAAACCAGAAAUCGAAGUAUCAAAGUGAUAACAUUCAAUUUCGCAAAUGUAAAACACGAAUAAACAAUUCUAGGAAGUCAUUAAUAAAAGGAAAUUCUUUAUUCACGUCACUAUUAGAAAUAUUGUAUAAAGGAGCAACACAACAACAAAAUAAUGAAACAUGAUAUUUUGCGUAUUUAUGGAGUUAAAUAGAGCAUACAGAAGGAGAUAUAUACAACGUACCGUGUAAAAGUAAUUAAGAACGCGCUAAUUAAAAGAGAAAUGUUAUUUUUACCUAAA